AUGGCACUCGAAAAACCAAAUUAUCCUUUGGGUAAGAUCACACUUGACGUGCAGUUUGGAACAAGAGAAAAUUUCAGAAAGGAGAAGCUAGAGUUUGAAGUCAUCGACUGGCCGUCGCAAUAUCACGCCCUCUUUGGACGACCUGCAUAUGCUAGGUUUAUGGCUGUGCCGCACUACACAUAUUUGUUAUGGAGGAUCCCGAGACCUAAGGGCCCAAUAACAGUCAAAGGAAGUUUUUCCCUGGCAGAUAAGUGCGACAAGGACUUUCACAAGCUUUCCGAAACAUUCGGAAUGCAAGCUGAAUACGAGGCAUCAAAGCUGACCACCAACUACGACAUGUUGCCAGGCGGAGGUAGAUCCUUGCAGGAACAAGCUUUCGACAACUCCAAGGAUUUCAAGGAAGUGCAGAUCCACCCGACAGAUCCUAAAAAGACAACAUCCAUCGCGACUAACUUGGAUAGCGCAUAG